UAUAAUAUAGAUAAAUAGAAAUGGCUACUCUACGUGUGUAUAUUAGUGCGCAACCUUAACCCCACUUUGAGGGUGUCUCUCUCUUCUCAUCACGUUAUUAUCACUGUCGUCCUUGAUCAAUCGAUAAUCCUCUCUCUUCCCUCUGGUUCUCGAAUCUGGUGGUUGAUUGAUCGAAAUCGAAAUCGAGAUCGAGAUCGGGAUCGUUGAUUGGUACUCAAAUUACAAAGAAAGAAAUAGAAAUAGAAAUAGAAAUGGAAGUAGUUAAUGACAAGUUGUUGAAUGUGGGUGUGCUGAUUGUUGCGACAAUCGUGGUGGCAAAACUGAUAUCUGCAUUCGUAAUUCCGAGAUCUGGAAAACGGCGGCUCCCUCCGGUGGUGAAAACGCGGUGGCCGGUGGUGGGAGGGCUGGUCCGGUUCUUGGGAGGACCGGUGGUGAUGCUGAGGGAGGAGUAUCCGAAGCAGGGGAGUGUGUUCACCUUGAAGUUGUUGAACAAGAACGUCACUUUCUUCAUAGGACCAGAGGUAUCUGCCCAUUUCUUCAAGGCUUCGGAGUCCGAUCUCAGCCAGCAAGAGGUCUACCAGUUCAACGUCCCUACUUUCGGCCCCGGCGUCGUCUUCGAUGUUGAUUACUCUGUCCGACAGGAGCAGUUCCGCUUCUUCACCGAGUCUCUCCGAGUCAACAAAUUGAAAGGCUAUGUGGAUCAGAUGGUUAUGGAAGCUCAGGAAUACUUCUCAAAAUGGGGAGAUAGUGGCGAGGUGGAUUUGAAAUAUGAGUUGGAGCAUCUAAUCAUCUUGACAGCCAGUAGAUGUCUAUUAGGUGAAGAAGUACGCAAUAAGCUCUUUGCUGAUGUGUCUGCUCUCUUCCAUGACCUCGACAAUGGGAUGCUCCCCAUUAGUGUUAUAUUCCCAUACCUGCCCAUCCCAGCCCACCGCCGUCGUGACCAGGCUCGCAAGAAGCUUGCAGAAAUAUUUGAAAACAUCAUAGCUGCCCGUAAAUCCACUGGCAAGUCAGAGAAUGACAUGUUGCAGAGCUUCAUGGACUCAAAGUACAAAGAUGGUCGCCAAACAACCGAGUCUGAGGUCACUGGCCUGCUAAUUGCUGCUCUCUUUGCUGGGCAGCACACCAGUUCCAUCACCUCCACCUGGACCGGAGCCUACCUCCUUAGUAACAAGAAGUACUUAUCGGCUGUGUUGGAUGAGCAGAAGAACUUGAUGACAAAGCAUGGGAACAAUGUUGAUCAUGAUAUCUUGUCUGAGAUGGAAGUCUUGUAUAGGUGUAUCAAGGAAGCCCUGAGACUGCACCCUCCUCUGAUAAUGCUUUUACGUAGCUCCCACAGUGAAUUCAGUGUGAAAACUAGGGAAGGGAAAGAAUAUGAUAUUCCAAAGGGCCACAUUGUUGCCACAUCACCUGCUUUUGCUAAUCGUCUCCCUCAUAUUUAUAAGGAUCCCGACAUGUAUGAUCCGGACAGAUUUGCUCCCGGUAGAGAAGAAGACAAAGUAGCUGGGGCAUUCUCAUAUAUAUCUUUUGGUGGUGGCAGGCAUGGAUGUCUAGGGGAGCCAUUUGCAUAUCUGCAAAUAAAAGCAAUUUGGAGCCAUUUGCUGAGAAAUUUUGAGCUGGAACUGAUAUCGCCUUUUCCAGAGAUUGACUGGAAUGCCAUGGUUGUGGGUGUGAAAGGAAAGGUUAUGGUGCGGUACAAGCGCCGAGAACUUCCUAUUAACUAGCUGGGACAACCUUGCUGCAAGCCUGCAAGAUCUCCAUGAAUGAGGCAGGUUUAAAUUGUUCUCUCUGUUAUCAGUAUCUGUUUGUCUUGAUUUUGUUAGUGUUGUCACCCUUAUCUAUCUGUGUCUGAAGUAGUCUUUCACAUCUUCUGAUGAAUUGUGAUUGUCUAGUUUUCAUCUAUUUAUCAGAUUUUUGUAAUUUGGAGCACAUUGUUUUGUCUCCCAUGCAUAUAGGGGUUUUGGGUAAGACUUUGAUUCCCAUUCUGGUAUAUCUUGGCAAUCUUUGUAGAGAAUGAAAAUUUACUAGGUCCAGAACUAAAUCCAUAUACAGUACUUGAAACCUCAUAAA